AUGGUCUGGGAAACGCUAGCAAAAGAAGGUCAAAAAGCAUGUUCAUCUCUGGGAGCCCGAGGGUGUAUGAGGCAGACGCCACGCUCAUUAUUGGUAUCGCGGGUUUCACCGGACUGUGGCAUCAUGGGCAAUCAGCUUCCCGUCCCGACAAGGCCCCCAGAUGAACGAGACCAAAUGGGGAAAACGGUGAGCAGACGUGAGCCCAAGGAGAGGGUUUCCACGCUUCUCAUCAGAAACCAUAUUGUCAACCAUGCUGUCGACCCAGGGCACCUGCCAUUUCUCCUGGUCAUCGCUAUUGUUGUUCCUAUUGAUUUCCCGGAAGCGUGGCUUGACAGCGAUUCCCCUGCAGAAGUCACUUCGGAAGCCAGCCAAGACCUUGUAAACAGGUCAUUCAUAAUGUUUGCUUUCUGGCGUCAAGCCUGGGGCGAUCUUGGAAAGUAUAAUGCAGGGGUGUGUGAUGGACAGGAUUUUGGUCUCAUUCUGUGUAUAUCUGCUUACGCUUACACACAUUCUUCCAACGCAGCCUACCCAUUUUCUCAUGCCCAAAGCCCGCAAGUUCACAAUCAUGAGUUUGUUCGCCCUUCUUUCUCUGCAGGUAGCCAAAAUGGCCCUAUCAUCCCAGACCUUGCAGGACAGGUUACGUUGGGCGGACUUUCCACACCUAUAGUCUCCUGCCCCCGGCCCGUCAUUGCUGCCUGCGUGGCUGUGACAUCAACAGUCUUCCAGGUCGUGUCUAUCGUUCCGGUGCAAGUCCCACCUACCGGAACCUACGUUGUCUCUAGGGAAAUCGCUGUCAAGCCACGCUUCCCUCCCUCACCCCUCCAAUGGGUGAUACUCUCGGGCCAAGCCCCAUCUUCGCCAUAUCACGCCUUUCUCAUCUGGGUAUGCCAAGAGGAGACAGCUACAACACCUGUUCCUGAACGUGCUCCGGGUUGA